GAGGAAUACACGGGGCGGUCGUCUGGCCAUCUUGCGGGACAGGUCUUGUGUGCCGCUGAAACCUUCCCUCAUCCGCGAGCAUCGGCCUUCCCAGCGCACAGCCACCAUGACGGAGCGGGAGGAUAACGUCUACAGGGCCAAGCUCGCUGAACAGGCGGAGCGAUAUGACGAAAUGGUGGAGGCCAUGAAGCUGGUUGCUUCAAUGGAUGUGGAGCUCACCGUGGAGGAGAGGAACCUGCUCUCGGUGGCGUACAAGAACGUCAUCGGGGCGCGGCGAGCCUCCUGGCGCAUCAUCUCCUCCAUCGAGCAGAAGGAGGAGAACAAGGGUGGCGAGGAGAAGCUGGAAAUGAUCAGAAAUUACAGGACACAGGUUGAGAAGGAGCUGAAAGACAUUUGCUCAGACAUCCUGGGUCUGCUGGACAAACACCUCAUCCCCACGGCCUCCUCCGGGGAAAGCCGCGUCUUCUUUUACAAGAUGAAGGGUGAUUACCAUAGAUAUCUUGCAGAGUUUGCCACCAGCAAUGACAGGAAGGCAGCUGCUGAGAACUCCCUGGUGGCCUACAAGGCAGCCAGUGAUAUCGCCAUGACUGAACUCCCCCCAACACACCCCAUCAGGUUGGGACUGGCGCUGAACUUCUCCGUGUUCUACUAUGAGAUUUUGAACAGCCCAGAGCGGGCCUGCAGGCUGGCCAAGGCAGCAUUUGAUGACGCGAUUGCUGAGCUUGACACCUUGUCUGAGGAGAGCUACAAGGACUCCACCCUCAUCAUGCAGCUGCUGCGGGACAACCUCACGUUAUGGACCUCAGACAUGCAGGGUGAAAGUGAGUCUGGGGCAGGAGCCGGUGGGGAGGGUGAGCAGAGAGAUAAGGAGCAGGUGCAAGAUGUGGAAGAUCAGGAUGUGAGCUAAUGUGGUGGUAGCCGUGGUGACCCUCCCCUCCCAUCCCCCACCCCCUCCACCACCACGCUGCCACCUCCACCACUACCACCACCACCACCACCGCUGCUGCUGCCACCACCACCACCACCUCUCUCCCUCCUCGUCCUUGUCCUCCUCCUACCGUCCCUUCCUCUCCCAGUGUCUUCAUCCACCCCCACAACAUCCACAACCACCACCCCUGCACACAAUGGAGCUCCACCACCACCACCUAUCACACCACAACCACCACUUGAAUCUCUCUCAGCCACUGCCCCUCUCAAGAUGUUUAUGUGAAGUGUGUACACCAAUUAAUAUUAUUAUUAAAAAAAAGUGUGUGCAACAGAGAGACCUACUGGAGUGUGAUAUAGAAGUUGCUUGUUUAUAGAGAUGCAAUUGUUUUCCCCUUCUGUACCCCUCACCCCCCUCCCAAUCCAUCCAUCUAUUCCACCUGUUUUUGUGUGUUAUAAGUUUUCUCUCAUUUCUUCAGCCUUUGUCUUUGCUUGCGGAUACAUUCAUUCAAAAGGAUAAAAUACCAAAAAGUUUUAGAGAUAUAUAUUGAGGUGUUAUUCGGUGCCAGAGGAACAACUUAGAACACAACACAAGCAGGCUUAGUGCUUGCUUCUGUUUCCUUCCUACUAGAGAGAGAGAGAGAGAGUGUGUGUGAGUAGCUUUCUUCCUUCUCCUGUGAGUCUUCAGUUUUAAGUUUGUUUCCCUUACAUGGACUUCACCCUAUGCAUUACCCCUUUCAGCCAUUCCUUCCUGACUUCAUCAUUCCAGAAUGAUAGUAAUAAUAACAUAGGAAAUAUUGAUUAUUCUUGACUUGUAAGUACUUUUUAUUUAAUAUUAAUGAUUCAAUUUAAAUUCUGGUUUUGUUUUUUUCCUUAUUGCAUUCUUUUGCUUUUUUAUGCAGUUUUUCACCACAUCAUUACAUCAUUUUAAUAUUAAUUUUUAAUAUUGAUAUGUAUUAUAAGUGUGUAGCUGCUGCUGAUGUGUGUAUUUAUUGUUAAAAGACUGGAACUGUUUAGGAAAGUCUGCCUGAUUGUAAGGCUUUCCUUUUAAUUUUCACCCUCGAUUGCCUCGAGGCCUCCUCUUCCCCUCCCUCAGUGUGACUUGCAUGCUCUCGGAGUAUUAUUUUGUUGAGGUGGAUCAUCCAUUUCACAUUCCUCAUACGUCCCAUCCCCUCCCUUUUUAGUGUUUGGUGUUAAGAAGUGGAUUUGGUGUGUUGCUGGAUUUUAGCAGUCCAAGAUCACAUUCUUCAUUGUUUGAGUGAAUGCAUACAUGUUGUGUGUGUGUUUGGGUGAGAUUACAUACACAUGCCCUAUGAACUUGUAUACACAUGGCCGAAAUGAAAUGAUACACAUCCAUGAAACUUCAUUCAACCCACCUGAUUCCUUUAUUCAGUCUUGCAUUGUGUAGUCUUAUUGAAAGGUGCUGGUAAAUGUUUGCAUAUAAGUACCCUUUUUGCCUUUACAUACUAACCAAACUAACUUGUUUCAACCUGUCACGAAGACUUAAUUUUUCCCCCCCUUUCCCCUCCCAUCCCCAUGCUAUAAGUGUUUAAAAGUUACAGAUUUUACAAGACGGUGUUCGGGGUUCAAGUGAGCAAUUGACGAAAGUGUAGGGCCCUUGAGUUUAAUGGUUGUCGGCACUGGUGUUCGUUGUGGUAGGGAAGGCCAUUGUGGUGGUGGUGUGGAGGUGGUGGUGAUUGUAUUGGCUGGUUAUCUUCCUUUUUUAUUGUAUCUAACUUUUAUCACCUUUCAUACCAUGUCACUUGUUUCUUCCCAUUUCACUUCACUUUUCACCCUUCACUUGAACAUUUCUUUGACUACUUUACAGCAGGAAACUGGUACCUUUCUCUCCCUCCUUUCCCUCCCAUCCCCUUUCCUUCCCCUCUCUCCUCCCUGUUCCCUGGGUCACUCCUAGUCACUUGUAGAUGCAAAAGCUUUAACCCCCUACUCUGCCCCCUUACCCUACCUCCUGCCACAAAACUUAGGCUUCUGUUGUGUCUAGUGUAAAUGUUGCAACUUUGGGGAAAGAAACUAUGAAAUUUUUCUUCUGAAUACUCAAGACUUGAAAACUGCUGCUGCUCAUUUGACUUUCCUUUCCCUACCCAUGUCAAUGCCUCUCCUUAACCUGCCAUUAUUCCUAACACUGCCUCACACUCUUAAUUUAUUCAGCGUUUGUUAUGAAUAUUGUUUGUUUUUUAUCUUUUUGUUGCUACCAUGUACCCUUACAGGUGUGUGUGUAUGUGGUAGGAAGUUAGGUUCUUAAAGGAUGUCAGUGGAGGAACUUGAUUUUAUAUCUCGCAUUUUGUAAAUCUUCAUUUUUUGCUAUAAUUGCGGAAUGUGGGGUUGGAGGUGUCUUGGUGGUGCUUCUGUGGGAUAAAUAUCAGUUAGUUGUUUAAAGGAUAAUUGUCAUCAUUGCCGCUGUCUUUAAUGUUAUAUUUUUUACUGGCGUCUGUACCACCGCCACCUCUUUGGUCUUUGUCGGUGUGUCAUCCAUUUCUAAUUAAUGACCAGUGCUGCUUAGACCAAUAUUUUCGUUUUCUCCCCUGCCCCCGCCCCUCCCAGUCUUAAACAUUCCAAAGUGAGCAUUUGUUCUUGCGUGUGUGUGUUCUUUUUAGUCUAAUCGUCGUGGGCAACAGUCGAGCAAUAUGUUUCCAGUUUCUGUCUCAGGCCGGUCACAGUUAUACAUGUUUUUAAACCAAAGUUACUGGUCUUCAAAUUGCCAGUAGCCAUCCUCGCCCCUCCCUGCACUAAAAUACCACACUGCCUCCCCUGCUCCUCGCCCCGCCCCCUCCUCAGUCCCCUGGUGCUAGGUAAAAAGAUUGUGGCAAUAAGUGAUGAUGAAAGGAAACCAAAAAAAAACAAAAAACAAAUUACAGACAUGUGAGGAAGGGAAACAAUGAGCACUAAAAUCAUUAUCAUUCUUAGAUCAGGUGUAUUUGCAGGUGCAGCUUGAAAAAAAAAAAAAUUAAAAAGGAGUAAAGUAGUAGUGUCAGUGUACAGUCUAGGAUGACAGCUGUGUGUGUGUGCAAACAUGGUAGCCUGGUCGAUCUGUGUGUACAGUAAACCAGUCGUGUGUGUAUGCAAGUGUGCGUGUAUGAAUGGGUGCUGUGCGAGACUGCUUACAAGUUUUAUUUAAGUGUUUCCUGUGUGUACAGAGGAGUGCAUCACUGUAGUACUGUAGUAGAGGCUUGCUGGCUGCUGCAACACAUAACACACUGCAACAAAGAUUAGGGUGAAUGAUGCAAAAAAAAAAUUAUCGUAGGCUUAGAAAUUUCUUUGUACAACGCCCCCUUUCCCCUCCCUCCCCCUCCCUUCAGCUCCUGCCUCCAACCCCUCCCCAUCCCUGCCCCCACCCACCCCCUGCAGGAACCCAAAUUUUAAGUACAGUACUACCCGCAAUACCGCAAUCUCAUUGGUUAUUGUCAUGCUGUAUUUUUUACUACAUAACAUUGCUACUACUACUAUUACUAUUACUACUACACGCCAUGAGUUGUGAGUCUUGCUAGAAUGUGCCCCUUCUAUGUACAUACUAAAUUGUGAUAGGUCAUGCACACCUCUCAAGCGCACUUGCAUGUUAAAGUGUUUGAUUAAAGCCUCCAUAUUCUCUAC